GUCGCCGCCUCGCCGCCGUCGUCUCCGGGCUCGCACCUCAUCCCCGCUAGAGGUCUUGGCGAUGGGACCCCGUUCCAGCUCCGGCUUCUUCGUGAGCCGCGCGGUGGCCCUGCUGCUGGCCGGGCUGGCAGCCGCGCUCCUGCUGGCGCUGGCCGUGCUCGCCGCCCUGUACGGCCACUGCGCGCGCGUCGCGCCGUCGGAGCUUCACCGCUGCGGGGUCCCGGACGCCAGGAAGCCCAACCCCACUCUUGAACCGGAGGUGAUGGUCACCCCGGACGUGUGGCGACCCUCGGGGCCCUGGGACCGGCUGCGCCUGCCGCCCUGGCUCGUGCCGCUGCACUACGAGCUGGAGCUGUGGCCCCGGCUGCGGCCAGACGAGCUCUCCCCUCCGGCGCUGCGCUUCACUGGCCGCGUCAACAUCACGGUGCGCUGCGCCGAGGCCACCGCGCGGCUGCUGCUCCACAGCCUCUUCCUGCACUGUGACGGCGCCGCGGUGAGGGGCCCUCUGUCCCCGGGAGCUGGGGACGCCGCCACCGUGGGCCGCGUGCCGGUGGACAAGGUGUGGUUCGCGGAGGACAUGCAGUACAUGGUGCUGGAGCUCCGCGAGGCCCUGCGGCCCGGGGGCCUCUAUGAGCUGCAGCUCAGCUUUUCGGGCUCCGGGUACCAGGACUUUAGGGAGGGACUCUUCAUCAACCUCUACACGGACCAGGGUGAGCGCAGGGCCCUGUUAGCAUCUCAGAUGGAACCAACAUUUGCCAGGAAUGUUUUCCCUUGUUUUGAUGAACCAGCUCUGAAAGCAACUUUUAAUAUUACAAUUAUUCAUCACCCAAGUUAUGUGGCUCUCUCCAACAUGCCAAAGCUACGUCAGUCUGAAAAAGAUGUGAAUGGAAGCAAAUGGACAGUUACCACCUUUCACACCACACCCCGCAUGCCAACUUACUUAGCUGCCUUUGCUAUAUGUGACUAUGGCCAUGUCAGCAGAACUGAGAGGGGCAAGGAGAUACGCAUCUGGGCCCGGAAAGACGCCAUUGCAAAUGGAAAUGCAGACUUUGCUUUGAACAUCACAGGCCCCAUCUUCUCUUUUCUGGAAGAUUUAUUUAAUAUUAGUUACCCUCUUCCAAAAACAGAUAUUAUUGCCUUGCCUACUUUUGACAACCGUGCAAUGGAAAAUUGGGGACUAAUGAUAUUUGAUGAGUCAUUAUUAUUGCUGAAACCAGAUGAUCAACUAACAGAAAAAAAGACGGUGAUCUCCCACAUUGUCUCCCACGAGAUCGGGCAUCAGUGGUUUGGAAACUUGGUUACCAUGAGUUGGUGGAACAAUAUCUGGCUCAAUGAAGGUUUCGCAUCUCACUUUGAGUUUGGAGUAGUUAAUUAUUUCAAUCCUAAACUCCCAGGAAAUGAAGUAUUUUUUUCUAACCUUUUACAUGAUGUUCUCAGAGAAGAUCACGCCAUGGUGACUCGAGCUGUAUCCAUGAAGGUGGAAAAUUUCACAGAAACUAAUGAAAUAAGUGAGCUCUUUGACAUAUUUACUUACAAUAAGGGAGCGUCUAUGGUCCGGAUGCUUUCUAGUUUCCUGAAUGAGAAUUUAUUUAUCAGCGCCCUUAAGUCGUAUUUGGAGACAUUUUCUUACUCAAAUGCUAAGCAAGAUGAUCUUUGGAGGCAUUUUCAAAUGGCCAUAGAUGACCAGAGUAAAAUUGUUUUGCCAGCAACAGUAAAAAGUAUAAUGGACAGUUGGACCUACCAGAGUGGUUUUCCAGUUAUCACCUUAAAUGUAUCUACUGGCAUCAUGAAACAGGAACCAUUUUAUCUUGGAAAGGUUAAAAAUCAGACUCUUCUCACCCACAAUGACACAUGGAUUGUACCUAUUCUUUGGAUGAAAAAUGGAACUAUACAGUCUUUAGUCUGGCUAGAUAAAAGCAGCAAAUUAUUCCCUGAAAUGCAAGUUUCAAAUUCUGAUCAUGACUGGGUGAUUUUAAAUUUGAAUAUGACUGGAUAUUACAGAGUUAAUUAUGAUAAAUUAGGUUGGAAGAAAUUAAAUCAACAGCUUGAAAAAGAUCAUAAGGCUAUUCCUGUUAUCCACAGACUGCAGUUGAUUGAUGAUGCCUUUUCCUUGUCUCAAAACAAUUAUAUUGAGAUUGAAACAGCACUUGAUUUAACCAAGUACCUUGCUGAAGAAGAUGAAAUCAUAGUAUGGCAUACAGUCUUGGUGAACCUGCUACCCAGCAAUUUUGUUUCUGAUGUGGGCAACUAUGAUACAUACACAUUAUUAAAGAAGUAUCUAUUAAAGAGACUUACCUCAAUAUGGAAUCAUUAUUCAACUAUAAUUCGUGAAAAUGUGACAGCAUUGCAAGAUGACUAUUUAGCUUUAAUAUCGCUGGAAAAACUCUUUGGGAGUGUGUGUUUGUUGGGCCUUGAGGACUGUCUUCAGCUGUCAAGAGAACUCUUCAGAAACUGGAUGGACAAUCCGGAGAAGGAAAUACCAUAUCCAAUUAAAACUGUGAUUUUAUGUUAUGGCAUUGCCUCGGGAAGCGAUAAAGAAUGGGAUUUUUUGUUAAAUGUCUACGCUAAUAACACAAAUGAAGAAGAAAGGAGUCAACUCGCUUAUGCAAUGAGCUGCAGUAAAGACCCAUGGAUACUUACCAGAUACAUGGAAUAUGCCAUCACUACAAAUUCAUUCAAUUUUAAUGAAACAAAUAUAAUUGAAGUUGUGGCAGCAUUUGAUGUUGGCCGAUAUGUCGCAAAAGACUUUUUAGUCAACAAUUGGCAAGCUGUGAGUGAAAGGUAUGGAAUACACUCAUUGGUUACUCUGAUGUAUUUAAUAGGGAGAACCAUAAGUACAGAUGCACAGGUCAUGGAGCUGCAGCAGUUUUUCAGUCCCAUGUUGGAGGAGCACCAGAGGCUCAAAGCUCAUGCCAAAUUACAGACAAUAAAGAACGAAAAUCUGAGAAACAAAAACCGAAGUGCCAGGAUAGCUGCAUGGCUACGGAAAAACACAUAAUUUAGUGGCCACUUUUGGCAUUUCCCCUUGUAUAUUAUACUGUAGUUUGCUGACUGUUUUGUCUUCCAAUAUUUCGAGUCUAGAAAACCGUAUGUUUUGUUAUUUGUAUUUCAGUCACAUUUACUACUCAGCGUCCUGUUCCUCCCUUGUCAUCACGUUGGCUCUGAGCUCACUGAUUGCUGAGGAGUUUGCCAGCACUGCUGUGUUUUGGGGGAAGAUUUCACUUCAAGUUGGGCUAUAAAACCACAGAAUUUACUUUAAAUGUCUUGUAAAAACAAAUUUACCUUAGAAAGUCUUGCUUAUUCUGUUGUGAAGGCCAGUGGAAUAUUAAAUCAUUGGCUAAAUGAGCACAUUCUUUUCUGAAGGAAAUACAGAUUUGCAAUCUGUAGGGUUUAUUUAGUUCAAUAUUUAAAAGAAUAAUGAGCAAGUAACACAAUAGUGUAAAGAAGGAGAACCAGAGGAAUAAUACUCCCUAGAAAUCAGAAAAACUGAAGAAAAGCAAGUUUUAAAGAGAAGGAACAGACAACUUUAUGAGCCAUGUGAACUGCCCUAAAAGCAGGAAAUGUAUUUUGUGCCCCUUUCUCUCUCCCCAGAGUACCUAGGCUUUGUGCCACACUUUACUUACUGGCUACUGAAUGUAUGAUGUCACAAAAAGACCCAGGAUCGCAGGGUCCUAAAGUACCUUUAGGCUUGCCGUGUGGAGGCCAGAUUGGAGAGGAAGGCUCUGCCUUAAAGCUCUUGACUGUAUUUGACAGUGGGAAUGGACACUCUUUUAGCCAAAGUUUAUGAGCAAAAAUAAUUAUGUCAACAGACAAUAGCAAUUAUGGGCUAAUCUUCAGCACAAAGGGAGAUGGUCAAAUAAAGAGAAAUGAAACUACAGGGCUAACCAGAGUAUACUCUUCACAGCUUUGCACUCAGGGGAUAACGUUUGAAAUGUGAUUUCAUUUGGCCAAAUUGAACCUACUUGUAGUUUGGACAACUUUAAACAUUUUCAUCAGUCACAAUGUAUGGAAUUAGCUUAGUUUUAUUACCCCUGAUAAAACCAGGGCAGCUAAGGCAAAUCACCCUACUCUAGAGUUUGUGUGUAUCUGAUUUAAUACUGUGUUUUAAUUUUGAUUUUGUAGAAUGGGGAUUAAACUACAGAUCUCCUUCCCCUAUCUACCUCAGAGCGAUAUUGUAAAAACUAAGGGAUAUGUCAAUGAAAGGUCUUUAAAUAUGUUUUACAAACUCAAGACAGUGUGAUUUAAGGUUUUAUUCCCUAUUUCUUAUAUAAGUCAAUGCAGCCACAAAUUAAAAUGUUAUACAAAAAUUCACUUGCAUAUUCUCUUCACAAGAAGAUGCUCUCUGAGUGUGAGUGGAGGCUAUGAGACAGCCAUGAGGACAAACCAAUGCACAUUCUACUCAGAUUUGACCAUGGGUCACAGCUCGGAAAGUUUUUCCUUGAAAUUUAGAAAUUUGAAAUUAAAGCAAUAAAAUAUCCCCAUGUUUUCA